GCAAAUUUAUCAAACUCGGCCAGCGACACACUCUAACUCCAAUAAUGGACGAUGAUUAUUAUGGGUCCGUGGGAGAAUGGGAUGGACAUGACGGUAGUAUGGAGGACGGUUAUGUGGACACGGAGGCUGAUAUGAAAGUACGGGAGGAAUGCCUGCAGAAAUUCUCCAGCAGAGAUUACAUUAUGGAGCCUACCGUUUUCAACACAUUAAAAACGUAUUUCCAAGCAGGCGGUUCUCCAGAGCAUGUCAUCCAGCUCCUGUCGGAAAACUACUCUGCCGUCGCCCAGACAGUUAACCUACUGGCAGAGUGGCUCAUACAAAUGGGCGUAGAACCAGCCCAAGUACAGGAGCGUGUAGAGAACCACCUCAAGAGCCUGCUCAUCAAACAUUUUGACCCACAGAAAGCAGACUCCAUCUUUACCGUGGAAGGAGAGACGCCUGCCUGGCUGGAGCAGAUGAUCGCUCACAGCACGUGGAGAGACCUGUUCUAUAAGCUGGCCGAAGCCCACCCUGACUGCCUGAUGCUAAACUUCACUGUCAAGCUGAUCUCAGAUGCUGGCUAUCAGGGAGAGAUCACCAGUGUUUCCACGGCAUGCCAACAACUAGAGGUUUUCUCCAGGGUCCUACGGACCUCCCUUGCUACUCUGCUUGACGGAGGAGAACAAAACCUGGAGAAGAACCUUCCAGAAUUUGCUAAGAUGGUGUGCCACGGGGAGCACACGUACCUGUUUGCUCAAGCGAUGAUGUCCAUCCUGUCACAGGAGGAUCAGGGAGGCUCUGCCAUGCGCCGGAUUGGUCAAGAGGUGCAGAAAUGCGCCCAUCAAAGGGGUCACGAUGCAAGCCAGAUCACGCUGGCCCUUGGCACAGCAGCAGCGUAUCCACGGGCUUGCCAGGCUCUGGGUGCCAUGUUGUCUAAAGGGGCACUGAAUCCAGCUGACAUCACUGUCCUCUACAAGAUGUUCAGCAGCAUGGAUCCACCUCCUGUGGAACUGAUUCGUGUCCCUGCCUUCUUAGACCUGUUCAUGCAGUCCUUGUUUAAACCUGGUGCAAAGAUCAACCAAGACCACAAACACAAAUACAUUCAUAUUCUGGCAUAUGCUGCCAGUGUGGUGGAGACAUGGAAAAAGAACAAGCGAGUGAACAUCAAUAAGGAUGAACUCAAGUCCACCUCUAAGGCCAUUGAGACCGUGCACUGCCUGUGCUGUAAUGAGAAUAAAGGAGCCACAGAGCUGAUAGCUGAGCUCAGUACACUUUACCAGUGUAUUAGAUUCCCGGUGGUGGCCAUGGGGGUGCUGAAAUGGGUCGACUGGACCGUGUCAGAGCCACGGUAUUUCCAGCUCCAGACGGAUCAUACACCUGUCCACUUGGCCCUGCUUGAUGAGAUCAGCACAUGCCAUCAGCUCCUGCACCCGCAGGUUCUCCAACUGCUCAUUAAACUGUUUGAGACAGAGCACUCACAGCUGGAUGUAAUGGAGCAGCUGGAGCUAAAGAAGACUCUACUGGACCGUAUGAUCCACCUGCUGAGUCGUGGUUGUGUCCUACCUGUGGUCAGCUACAUCCGCAAGUGCCUGGAGAAACUCAACACAGACAUCUCACUCAUCCGCUACUUUGUCACAGAGGUUCUGGACGUGAUUGCUCCUCCAUACACCUCAGACUUUGUGCAGCUCUUCCUGCCCAUUCUGGAGAAUGAUAGUAUUGCUGGCACUAUCCGCACAGAAGGAGAACACGAUCCAGUGGCAGAGUUCAUCGCUCACUGCAAAUCCAACUUCAUCAUGAUGAACUGAGAGCCCUGACUGCUCAUCAUCCACAGGGCCUCCUCUCCAUCAGCAACACACAGCCAGUGCUGGGCCACUCCAGUUACAACAUACUGGUCUCUGGAAGACCAGCAGAAACAUUUCAACUUCAGAGCGCAACACACCUGAAAAAUAAUCACAGAUUAAUGUGAAACUCUUCAGUGUUUAUCAGGAAUGUAAUCUGAAGCUGUAGUUCAGACAGGUACACACUGUUUCCAAGUGUGUAU